AUGGAUCAUCAUAUCAGAGACAACCCCUUAAAGGCUGAUACCGUCUCGAAACAAUUUGUGUGUGGGGCUCAAAGUACUCAACAAGAUACAAGAUUCAGAAUAGUUGAAAAUUCAAGAUCAAUUAAGGGAACUUUAAAGAAGAACUACAUCAAGCCCACAUCAAGGGUGUCCGUUAGAGCAAACAUGAUAAAGGCUAAUGAAGAUGCAGACUUACCAGAAGUUAUCACGGGUAAAAUUUCCUUCUUAGGACAUGAAAUUCAUGCAUUAAUAGGCCCUGGGUCAACCCAUUCGUACAUUUGUACAAAGGUUAUGGAAGGUAGGAGUCUAGAAGUUGUUCCUUCUAAGAUAAAUGUGUUAGUGACAGUAAUUGGUAGAGUAAUGAGAGAUUGUUUAUUGAUUUUUGGCAAACACAUCUUUUUGAUAGAUUUAUUACUGCUAAGUUUGCACGACUUCGAAGAUAUCCUUGGGUUAGACUGGUUAACCAGACAUAGCACUAUAGUCGACAGUCAAGCCAGAGGUGUUUGUCUUUUAACUACAGAAGGAAAAGAAGUGUUUCUGCCUAUCGUGUAUACCAGUUUGGCAGAUAACAUAAUUUCUGUGGUAUCUAGCAGAAAGUUUAUAGUUAAGGGUACAGACACAUACUUGGCAUAUAUUAUGGGUUCGACUGAGGUGAGCAAGGACAUUAGCAAAGUAUCUACUAUGAAUGAUUUCUCUGAUAUGUUUCCAGAGGAACUCCUAGGUAUGCCACCAGAUCGAGAGGUAGAGUUCUCAAUUGAAGUAGCACUUGGUACUGCGCCCAUAUCUUGUACCCCGUAUUGA